AUGGCUGACGAGGUCUACGACGGUGCCAUUGGCAUCGAUCUGGGUACUACCUACUCUUGCGUUGCCAACUACGAAGGCACCAAUGUCGAAAUCAUUGCCAACGAGCAGGGUAGUUUCACCACUCCCUCUUUCGUUUCUUUCACCGAUGAAGAGCGCCUCAUCGGUGAGGCGGCCAAGAAUCAGGCUGCGAUGAACCCCGAGAACACUGUCUUCGAUGUCAAGCGCCUGAUCGGCCGCCGCUUCGAUGACCCCACGGUCAAGAAGGAUAUUGAGUCAUGGCCAUUCAAGAUUGUCGACCAGGGCGGCAGCCCCAUGGUCCAAGUUCAAUAUCUGAAAGAGACCAAGACCUUCUCCCCUCAGGAGAUCUCCUCCAUGGUUUUGACCAAGAUGAAGGAGGUCGCUGAGACCAAGCUCGGCAAGAAGGUUUCUAAAGCUGUCGUUACUGUGCCUGCCUACUUCAACGACAACCAGAGACAAGCCACCAAGGAUGCUGGCGCCAUUGCGGGCCUCAACGUUCUCCGCAUCAUCAACGAGCCUACCGCUGCGGCCAUUGCCUACGGUCUUGGGUCUGGACGGUCUGAGAAGGAGCGCAACGUCUUGAUUUACGAUCUCGGCGGUGGCACCUUCGAUGUGUCGCUCUUGAACAUCCAGGGCGGUGUCUUCACCGUCAAGGCUACCGCUGGUGAUACUCACUUGGGUGGUCAGGAUUUCGAUACCAACCUGCUCGAGCACUUCAAGAAGGAGUUCCAGCGCAAGACCAAGAAGGACCUUUCAGGUGAUGCCCGUGCUCUCCGAAGACUCCGGACUGCUUGCGAGCGUGCCAAGCGUACCUUGUCCAACGGCACCCAGACCACUGUUGAGAUUGACUCUCUGUUCGACGGUGAGGAUUUCAACGCUCAGAUCACUCGUGCCCGUUUCGAGGACCUGAACGCCAAGGCUUUCCAGGCCACCAUCGACCCCGUCGCCCAGGUCCUCAAGGACGCUAACAUCGAGAAAAAGGCCGUCGACGACCUUGUACUUGUUGGUGGCUCCACCCGCAUUCCCCGUAUCCAGAAGCUUCUCAGUGACUUCUUCGACGGCAAGAAGCUCGAGAAGAGCAUCAACCCCGACGAGGCUGUCGCCUACGGUGCCGCUGUUCAGGCCGGUAUCCUGUCCGGAAAGGCUCAAUCAGCUGAGACCGCUGACCUUCUCCUUCUCGAUGUUGUUCCUCUGUCUCUUGGCGUUGCCAUGGAGGGCAACAUCUUUGCUCCCGUUGUUCCUCGUGGUCAGACAGUCCCCACCAUCAAGAAAAGGUACCAGAAUCCAUUUCCUUUACUCUCCCCUCACCUUUUUCUCAUAGAAACUUGGUAA